CUUCUUUCUUGCAGUGAAGAUGCCAUGAGAAAUGCUGGCGUUGCUCACAAUAAGACCAGCAAAGAAAUGGAAAACCAUGUUUUCAUGAAGGCCAAAACGCGGGACGAAUAUCUCUCUCUCGUGGCAAGACUCAUCAUCCAUUUCCGGGAUAUUCACAACAAGAAGUCCCUGGCCUCUGUCAGCGACCCUAUGAACGCGCUGCAGAACCUGACUGGUGGUCCUCCAGCAGGACCAGGGGCCAUGGGGAUGACUUCUCGUCCUCAGGGGGCCUCCCUGGCCGGGUUGAGUGGGCUCAGGCCCCCCAUGGGGCAGCCAAUGAAUCUCCCAGGGCAGCAGCCUCCUGGACCUGCUGGGAUGGCCCCUCACGGCAUCCCCAACAUCCCUGCUGCCAGCCAGCCGACCCAGCUCCAGCUGCAGCAGAUGGCUGCGCAGCAGCAGCAGCAGCAGUUCCAGCAGCAGCAGCAGGCCGCCCUGCAGCAGCAGCAGCAGUUCCAGGCCCAGCAGUCAGCAAUGCAGCAGCAACAGUUCCAGGUGCAGCAGCAGCAGCAAGCAGCAGCAGUAGCUCAGCAGCAAAUGCAGGUGGCCCAGCAGCAGCAGCAGCAGCAGCAAAUGCUCAAGUUACAGCUGCAUCAACAAAGCCAGCAGCAGAUGCAGCAGCAGCAGCAGCAGCAACUGCAGCGAAUUGCUCAGAUGCAGCAGCAGUUGCAACAGCAGGCCGCUCAGGCUGUUCAGGCCCAGCAGCAGCAGCAGCAGCAGCAGCAGCAGCAGCAGCAGCAACAGCCGCAGCAGCAGCAGCAGCAGCAGCCACCUCAGCCCCCACUGCCGCAACCGAUGCAGCAGCAGCAGCAGGUGGCCCAGGCCUCGUCCCAAUCGCUUCCUCCCCAGCCCCUGGUCUCUCAGGCACAGACCAUUCCGGGACAGAUCUCUGGCCAAGUCAUGUCCAUGGCCAUCCUGCCCCAGCAGUUAAAAGCCAUGCAAAUCUGGGCUGAUCAUGUAUCAGUCGCUUUCCGUGCCUUCUGGGUCAUCGUAGUGUGGAGUCGGAGCUUGACCCUCUCCAUCACGAUCAUGGGGGAGUUCUACGACCUCUUCCGAUCUCAUUGCUGUCUCGGGUACGGCAAUGGGUGUGAAAUGACAUGCCUGCUCUUUAAUAUUGGAUUCAUGUUUGUGGGCAACAGUUUCUGGCAGCAGCAGCAGCAGCAGGUGGCUUCCCAAGUCCAGGCUGCUCAGAUGGGAGCAUCCAGCCAGAUGAUCACCGCAAGUAUGGCCCGAGGUGGGAUGCCAAUAAGACCACGGUUCCCGCCCACCACCGCUGUCUCUGCCACGCCUCCAAGCACCAUGCCUUUGGGUGGACCACAAAUGCCUCAGGUCAGCCAGAGCAGCAUUACCCUGAUGUCUUCUCCGUCGCCUGUCCAGCAAGCCCAGACACCCCAGCCAAUGCCUCCCCCACCUCAGCCACAGCCUUCUCCUCAGUCUGGGCAGCCCAACUCCCAGCCCAACUCCAACGUCAGUUCUGGCCCAGCCCCGUCUCCCAGCAGCUUCCUUCCCAGCCCAUCUCCGCAGCCUUCGCAGAGCCCAGCAGCUGCCCGGACACCGCAGAAUUUCAGCGUCCCAUCUCCAGGGCCACUCAACACACCAGGCAACCCCAGCUCUGUCAUGAGCCCGGCCAGCUCCAGUCAGUCUGAGGAGCAGCAGUACCUGGAGAAGCUCAAGCAGCUGUCCAAGUACAUCGAGCCUCUGCGCCGGAUGAUCAACAAGAUCGACAAAAAUGAAGACAGGAAGAAGGACCUGAGCAAGAUGAAGAGCCUGCUGGACAUUCUAACGGAUCCUAAGAAGCGCUGUCCUCUGAAAACUUUGCAGAAAUGUGAAAUUGCUCUGGAGAAGCUCAAGAACGACAUGGCCGUGCCCACCCCUCCUCCCCCUGCAGUGCCUCCCACAAAGCAGCAGUAUUUGUGCCAACCGUUGCUGGAUGCUGUCCUUGCCAAUAUCCGCUCGCCAGUCUUCAAUCAUUCCCUGUAUCGGACUUUCAUGCCGGCCGUGACCGCCAUCCAUGGCCCCCCAAUCAUGGCUCCGGCGCCGUCCCCUCAGAAGCGGAAGUACGAAGAUGAUGAAAGGCAGACCAUCCCAAACGUGCUGCAAGGGGAGGUGGCGAGAUUAAACCCCAAGUUCCUAGUCAACCUCGACCCCGCCCACUGCAGCAACAAUGGCACAGUCCAUCUCAUAUGCAAGAUAGAUGACAAGAACCUUCCGAGCGUCCCUCCGCUGCAGCUCAGCGUCCCGGCCGACUACCCGGACCAGAGCCCCCUCUGGAUUGACAACCCUCAGCAAUACGAAGCAAACCCUUUCCUGCAGUCGGUGUAUCGCUACAUGAUGUCCAAAUUGUUGCAGCUGCCGGACAAGCACUCGGUCACCGCCCUCCUCCACACCUGGGCCCAGAGCAUCCGGCAGGCCUGCUUGUCUGCUGCUUGACCGGCUGGUCGGGCACCGGAAACAAGAGCCUCUGUGGGCUCAGAGCUGGCCUUCCUGCUUGCGCUGCUUCUGCCUUGGCGCCUGGCCAGGCUCUUGAGGCCUACGGGAAUGUCCAGUUUUCAGGGGAGGGUUAAAAAUGCCUUUGCAGAGAAGAGUUUGUGGAAAGCGAACCGGGUCCCAGGAGCCCCCCUCAUGGAAAGAUGGGCAGCCGGUCCAGUGCCAGCCCUGCCCUCAGUCGGCAGGAGGACCCCCUGCGCUCUGCUUCUCACAAGGCAUCAAGUGGGGGCCGGUGGGGGUCUACCAGGGAUCGGGACCUCCGGCUUUUAAUACUCAAGUUGAUGUUUCUGAGAUUUCAGUUUCAGGAAUUGGACUGUUUGGACACCCCCUUCCCCGCCUUGGCAGCCUUUCUGAAUGUUGGCAUUGUUAAGAAGGCAUCCUGGAUGCUGCCUCUUGUGUCAAUCUCUGCGCACUCUGCCAUUUUGAAGAUUUUCAAGUAAUUACUUUGCAGGAUGCUGAUUAAUUGUAGUACAACAGGUGCAACCUUUCAGAUACGAAUCAUUGCAUUUGUUUUAUUGUAAUAAAUCUAUUGUUACAGUA